AUGUGCCGUGAGGCGAGCCCCGCGCCCCUCCUGCAGUUCCCGGCGCCCGCUCCUGCCGCGCGUCAGCAGGAGCCACGCCCAACGGAGUGGUGGGCUUUUAGCGGUCACGGCAGACGUUCGGCGCCGCGGCCCAACGAAUUACCGGUGCCGCAGCGGGCAACGGCAACGCAGGAUGGCGUGCACCGCGCCCUCUCCUGGUCUACCCAUGAGGAGACUGAGCUGCCGUGCGGUGUCGCCACGUCUCGUCAAAGCGGAGGAGGCACAACCCCACCGGGGACAGGCCGUGCAAAUGGCAGUCCCGCUCCCGAGUUUGCCUGUAGAGGCGUUGCGGACGACAAUGACGAUGAUGGUAGUCCUUUAAGCAUUGGGAGCCACAGCCACGAUGUUGAAGAGGUUUCUUUGGGACGGCGGGCCUUACUGCUUCGCACCAGCGAGAAGUGUGGUGCUGCGGCGGCGGCGUGCCGCGGGGCUGUCCCCCCCAAGAGCCCUCGUCAGGACGAAAACGGGGAGGCGGAGUCGUCCGCAGCCCCCCAUGCAUCAUCCCUCCCACGCUCCACCGUCUCCGCGCCUGCGCCCCCCGACCGGGUCGACGGGCUGGCUCAGCUGAUGGCAGGGCUGCGGCAGGCCAUCCUGCAGCUCAGCGGCGAGAUGCGAGAGCUGCGGUUGGCAAUACAGGAGCUGCGAGGGCCGCCGAUGAACGGUCGGGGGAAGCGUCUUUCGCAGCCUGAGAUUAGUGAAGCAAUGGCGGUGGCGCCCGAGCCCCGUCGGGGCGAGCCCGCCCUCACCUCCUCCAGCUCCUCCCUCACGCCCCUCCGCACGCCUGAGGCGACGUCGUGCCGCCCCGCGUCCCCCGUGCUUCACACCGGGUGUCCGAUGGCAUUGCUGGACGCAGGCAUCGUGAGCGCGGUCUCCGAGGGCCUAAUGGAGCUCAGGGGCCUCCCGAGUUUUUUACCUGCCCGAACGCCGCGUCGCAGUUGA